GCGAUAAAUAAAACAAAUAUUUCGAUAGUUUAGUAAGCCUUUUCCAUCGACCAGUUCAACGAAGGACUCCGGAUAGUUUAUUCAACUCCUUCCGUUCAUCUGGGUUACCUAAAUGGAUUACAAGGCGAAUCGAAAGGUUCAAUUUACGGUGCAUUAAUAUUUUACAUUUUAUUCAUCCCGAUCGGUGUGUUCAUCAUUUACUUACAAGCUUCUAAUAAUUUGUUUUCCCAAUGAUAACUAAACCGCGUCAUUAUCGAUUGCAGAAAUCGCCUAAAUAGUUCAUGGAGUCACCAUUCAGAACUGUUAAAAUUUCGAAAAUUUACGAUUGCCAGACGAAAGAGAGAUUCACUUCUACCCCUUGGAAAUUGACCGUUUUCGUAGACGUCUAUCACAUCGAGAGCCCGGGUCAUGUCUCUUGAUUUCCUCGCUGGGUGUAUUGGAGGUGUGGCCGGCGUGUUCGUGGGUCAUCCUCUGGACACGGUCAGAGUGAACAUACAAACGCAAUGCGCGCGGAACCCCAAGUACCGGGGCUCGUUGGACUGCUUCAAGUCGCUGCUGCGGAAGGAGGGCGUGCGCGGCCUCUACCGGGGCGUCUCGAGCCCGGUGGCCGGCGUGGCCGGCGUCAACGCCGUCAUGUUCGGCGUGUACGCCAACGUGGAGCGGAACAUGGCGGAUCCGCGGUCGCUGAAGACCCAAAUCGCGGCCGCUACGACGGCGGGAGUCUUCAGCAGCUUCAUCUCCAGUCCGAUGGAGCUCGCCAAAUCCAGGAUUCAGGUAGCAGGAAAGUUAGCCGGUAAGAGUCCUCUGGAUUGUUUAAUCAGAACGUACAAACAGGAGAACAUCAAAGGGGUGUUUAGAGGUUUCGGAAUCACAAUGGCUAGAGAAGUACCGGCAAUGAUAACCUAUUUCGUAACCUACGAAUUUUUGAGCAGAACUACCGACGAUCGGGUGGCGUCCACUCCCCAAAUUCUAUUCGCAGGAGGAGUAGCAGGCGUGGUAUCCUGGCUGGUGCCCUACCCGAUCGACGUCAUCAAGUCCAAGUUCCAAGUGGACGGCGUCGCGACGCGCCUGUACGCCGGCUACGCGGACUGCCUGAGGAAGACGGUGGCGAAUGAAGGCCUUCGCAGCCUCUACCGCGGCCUGGCGCCCACCUUGGUUCGGGCGUUUCCCGUCAACGCCGUCACCUUCUGCGCGGUGGAGUGGUCGAUGAGGCUCUUCGAGCGGGGCGCCGCGACGCUCGGCCGGCCCGAGGAGAUGCUCAAACAGUGCGUCGACGUCGUGCUGACGGAGAAGGCCUGCCCCUGCUGAUAUGGACUACUUGUUGAAUUGUUUUUUGUAUGAAUAAAAUCAACUUUCAACGUAUA